AUGAGGGCCAAACGUUCCAAGAAGUAUCGCAAGCUUAUGCACCAGUAUGAGCUCACAUUCGGCUUCCGUGAUCCAUACCAAGUGCUUGUGGACUCGAAUUUCCUGCAGCAGGUGCACAAUUUCAAGAUGGACCUUUUGCCUGCGCUGGAGAGGACAGUCCAGGGCAAGAUCAAACCACUUCUGACCAAAUGCUCUCUCGCUGCCAUCACCGCUGCUCAGCCUAUCAAUCCCAAGACCGGCAAACCCUUCCGUCCCUACCACCUCCCCCCACCGACAGUACUCCCUCUCCGCCACUGCUCACACAACCCCGAGUCAGAGCCUAUCGAUGAGAUCGACUGCCUUCUCUCGUUGCUGUCACCGAACGCGGAGGCCAAGAAGAACAAGGAGCAUUAUAUUCUGGCAACCGCGGACCCGGCCGUGAAGAAGUCAGGCAACAAUAAUGACAACCAGCAGCGCAAGCGCAAGCGCGACGAGGAGCGCGAAGAAGAACAAGCUCUGCGUCGUGCCCGCAACUUGCGCGUUCGUGCGCGCUCCAUCCCCGGUGUUCCUAUCAUCUACGUCAAGCGUUCCGUCAUGGUCCUGGAGCCUAUGAGUACGCCAUCGGAGAAUGUCCGUGAGGGUGUGGAAAGAGAUAAGUUCCGUGUGGGCCUGCCCGAGCCUGAGCCCAAGAGUACAGAUGCCACGGAAGGCGCAGCGAAGAAGAAGAUACCCGGAUUGAAGAAGGCCAAGGGACCGAACCCACUUAGCGUGAAGAAAUCGAAGAAGCGCCCGGCGGAAAACAAUGCUGCAAAGACACCUAAGAAGAGUGAUGGUGGGGAAGCCUCGAAGGAGAAUGACGCAGGUGAUCAGCCGGAUGGUGAGGAGACUGGUGGCCCCAAGACUAAGAGGAGACGGCGGCACCAUAAGGGUGGUCCUCGCGAGGAGAAUGAGGCUGGUGCGCCAUCGACGGAGGCUGGUGAGGCUAUGGAGGUUGACGCAUGA